GAAACAAAAGCCAAUGUCCUCCCUCCAAACUGCGUCCGCGGCCGGUCAGCUCCUGGGGGGAAGCAAGCCAUGCUAUCCAACCGGUAAGUCCAGUUGUCUUCAGGCUGCUCUGUUCGUCACUUUCUAUAAGUCAGGGUUUUAUAAAUGGACACUGACAUGGACUAUGAAAGGCCCAACGUUGAAACCAUCAAGUGUGUGGUGGUGGGAGACAACGCCGUGGGGAAGACUCGCUUGAUAUGUGCCAGAGCAUGUAACACAACCCUAACACAGUACCAGCUGCUGGCCACCCAUGUGCCAACAGUGUGGGCAAUUGACCAGUAUCGGGUAUGCCAGGAGGUCUUGGAAAGGUCCCGAGAUGUUGUCGACGAAGUGAGCGUUUCUCUAAGACUUUGGGAUACUUUUGGCGAUCAUCACAAAGACAGACGUUUUGCAUAUGGCAGGUCGGAUGUUGUGGUCCUUUGUUUUUCAAUCGCUAAUCCCAAUUCCCUAAAUCAUGUGAAAACCAUGUGGUAUCAAGAAAUCAAACACUUUUGUCCUCGGACACCUGUUGUUCUAGUUGGCUGCCAGCUAGAUCUCCGCUAUGCUGAUCUUGAAGCUGUUAAUAGAGCCAGACGCCCUUUAGCAAGGCCCAUCAAGAGGGGGGAUAUUUUGCCCCCAGAAAAAGGCCGAGAGGUCGCAAAGGAACUUGGCAUCCCAUACUAUGAGACGAGCGUGUUUGAUCAGUUUGGUAUCAAGGAUGUAUUUGACAAUGCAAUCCGGGCUGCACUGAUUUCCCGCCGGCACCUCCAGUUCUGGAAAUCCCACCUAAAGAGGGUUCAGAAACCUUUGCUGCAGGCACCAUUCCUACCUCCAAAGGCCCCUCCACCUGUCAUCCAAGUUCCAGAAUGUCCCUCCACGGGGACAAACGAAGCUGCCUGUUUACUGGACAAUCCUCUGUGUGCCGAUGUCCUGUUCAUCCUUCAGGAUCAGGAGCUCAUCUUUGCACACAAAAUUUACCUCGCUACCUCGUCUUCUAAGUUUUAUGAUCUUUUUCUCAUGGAAUGUGAAGAAACCCCCAAUUUGAGUGACAGAUCUUGUGACAGGACAAAGCAAAACCAGGAUGGCCAGGGACAGCCAUUGAGUCGUGACCCUGAUGAGGAGAAGGAGGCAGGCACCACCCCAUCAGGGUCCAAUCAGUGGAAAUUCUGGAACCACGACCCCUCAUCCCAGCAGGAGACUCCAGGUCUCCAAGUCGAGGGCUCUAUUUUGGAGUCUCAAACUUUGUCAAGCUGGAGUAAGGGGUUCCUGGGCAUGCGCAAGGAAAUGCAAGUUAAUCCCAUUUCCAAGAGGUUGGGACCUGUGACUGUGGUCACCAUGGACUCAUCAGUGCAGCCAGGUCCUUUCCGAACCCUCCUCCAGUUUCUUUAUACAGGGCAACUGGAUGAAAAUGAAAAGGAUUUGGGAGGUUUGGCUCAGAUCGCAGAGGUUCUGGAAAUGUUCGAUUUGAGGAUGAUGGUGGAAAACAUCAUGAACAAGGAAGCUUUCAUGAACCAGGAGAUUACAAAAGCCUUUCAUGUCAGGAAAGCCAAUCGGAUAAAAGAAUGUCUUAGUAAGGGGACAUUCUCAGAUGUGACAUUUAAGUUGGAUGAUGGAGCCAUCUGUGCUCACAAGCCACUGUUGAUCUGUAGCUGCCGGUGGAUGGCUGCCAUGUUUGGGGGGUCCUUUGUGGAAAGCACCAAUAGUGAGGUCUCUCUGCCGAACAUAAACAAGAUGUCAAUGCAGGCGGUAUUGGAUUAUCUCUAUACCAAGCAGUUGUCACCUAACUUGGACCUGGACCCACUGGAAUUAAUUGUCUUGGCAAACAGAUUUUGCCUGCCACACUUGGUUGCCCUCGCAGAGCAAUAUGCUGUACAGGAGUUGACGAAGGCUGCAAUGAGUGGCGUGGGCAUUGACGGAGAGGUGCUGUCUUAUUUAGAAUUAGCCCAGUUUCACAAUGCCCACCAGUUGGCUGCUUGGUGUUUGCACCACAUCUGCACCAACUAUAACAGUGUUUGCGCCAAGUUCCGAAAGGAAAUCAAGUCCAAAUCUGCAGACAACCAGGAAUACUUUGAACGGCACCGCUGGCCCCCUGUGUGGUAUCUAAAGGAAGAAGACCACUACCAGCGUGUAAAAAGGGAAAGAGAGAAGGAAGAUAUUGCACUAAAUAAACAUCACUCCAGACGAAAGUGGUGCUUCUGGAAUUCAUCUCCAGCGGUCGCCUGAGGAAGAGGGGAAAAAAAAAAAAAAAAGCCAACCAACCAACCAGUAAUCUGACACACCACUUUUAAAAGCACUACUGUAAAAUUAGUCUUAUUAGAGAUAAGAUGUAGUUCAGGUUUCAGGCACUGAUCUUCCUCCACUUUUGUGCAUUUAACUUUGUGGAUCAAAGCACAAGCUCACCGUUCAUGAGCCUGGACAAAAAGGGAAGUCGAUGCUCACUGCAUUCCUUAAACUUAUAUGUAUAUUUUUUUGUUAGGCGGCUUCAUACAGUUUAGCCCGUUCUUUCAUUUCUUUUAUACAAA